CCGAGUGGACCUCCUCCUUCUCCUCCACCUCCUCCUAUUCCUCCUCCUCCUCCUGCUCCUCCUCAGCAUCAGCAGCAUCGGGACAUCCUUCCGUACCUCCAUCACCUCCUCUUCCCCAUGGAUGUAAAGGCUGCAAGUUCCGAGAAGUCUCAGCUGAUCCACGACAAGAACCACAGGACGUACUGUGAGCGCGUGCACAGCUCCUUUCCAGACCCUGCUGAGCAGUUCCCGGACUUCCCCUUUAAGAAUGGCGGCAUGUCGGGGGCCAUGGAGCUUCAACGCGCCGUGGCCGUCCACUGCCACCGCGCCAAGGCCUCGCCGCAUGAGGACGGCGUGGACAAGCUCCUGGCCAAGAAGAAACUUUACAUCGCCUCAGCCGUGUGCCUGGUCUUCAUGAUAGGAGAAGUCAUAGGGGGCUACCUGGCCCACAGCCUGGCCAUCAUGACGGACGCGGCUCACCUGCUGACCGACUUUGGCAGCAUGAUGGUCAGCAUCUUCUCCCUCUGGAUCUCCUCCCGCCCGCCCACCAAGACCAUGAACUUUGGCUGGCACAGAUCAGAGAUCCUGGGGGCCUUCCUGUCCGUCAUGUCCAUCUGGAUGGUAACGGGGGUUCUGGUCUACCUGGCCAUCGAGAGGAUCGUGCGCGACGACUACGAGAUCGAGGGUCACGUGAUGCUGGUCACCUCCGCCUUUGCCGUGGUCGUCAACAUCGUCAUGGCGUACAUCCUCCAUCACUCCACCACCUUCCACGCUCACGGCCGCGGCUACCGGCACAUCGACGAGGACGCCGCUCAGAGUCCCGCCUCUCAUGGCCACGCCCACACGCUCCUGGGCGCCCACGGCAACACCAGCGUGCGCGCCGCCUUCAUCCACGUGGUCGGUGACCUGCUGCAGAGCGUCGGCGUCAUGGUGGCGGCCAUCAUCAUCUACUUCCGGCCCGAGUACAAAGUGGCGGACCCCAUCUGCACCUUCCUGUUUUCCGUCUUCGUCCUGUGCACCACCAUCACCAUCCUCAGGGACGUCUUCCGCAUCCUCAUGGAAGGUUCACCGAAAGGAAUCGAGUUCAAUUCUGUCAAGGAGGUCCUGAUGUCCGUGAAGGCCGUCAGGUCCGCUCACUCGCUGCACCUGUGGGCUCUCACGCUGGGCCAGAUGCUGGUCUCCGUCCACCUCGCUGUCGACUCGGACGCCGACACGCAGUCGGUCCUGCAGGAGGCCGGCGAGCUUCUCCACACCAAGUUUGGCUUCCACAGCGUCACCAUCCAGGUGGAGCGCUACUCGGACGACAUGAGGCACUGCCGCCUCUGCCAGGACCCCUGCGACUGACACGCCCCCCACGUUGCCACGCCCCCACCCCGGGAAGAGCGCAGGAGGCGCCCGGCCCGGAGCGUCCACCAACAUUCCCCUCAAAACCAAAAAGAGAAGCAUUCACGUCACGUGGGAGGCGCCGGUCCACCUUAAGUGCCACACCCGGCCCUAUGUCAUCAUACCACCUUACAUGAAGCCACGCCCCUUCAUGAUGGAGUCAUGGAUGCCGAACAUGUGGUGCGUGUGAUGAAGUGGGUCCAGCCAGGCGAAGUCACUGCCGAAGGCGUCCUCGCGACGACAGACAAGCUCACUGCCGUCUUUGAAGCUCCUCAUCAUGAUGGUCGAGUCCAUGGAGAAGGGCUGCAUCUCCUGAACAAAAACACAUUGAUGGAUCACCAAAGACACAGCUCGGCCAUUUGACAUUCGACACACACACUGGUCACUUCAUUAGGAACACCGUCUGACGAGUCGGGUGUCCGGUGUGUGUGACGAAGAAAAGCCUCGGAUGCUCCGUGAUGCCGUUUGUCCACAAGUGCAAUUGAAGCUUGCAGUCGGUGUUUGUUGUGUCGUGUGGCAGCAUGUUGGUGUGGCGGUGCCGCGUGGCAGCAUGUUGGUGUGGCGGUGCCGUGUGGCAGCAUGUUGGUGUGGCGGUGCCGCGUGGCAGCAUGUUGGUGUGGUGGUGCCGUCUUUCUGUGUUGGGGAUCACGUGGCCGUCACAGCUGAGCGUAUGACCCGAUGGAGUCCAUCUCCAUCAUCAUCAUGGUAAUUGUGGAAAUCGAUGAUCAUUGAGAUAUAAUAAUAAUAAUUAUAAUAUAAUAAUAAGACACUUUAGAAUACAAGCACUAAUGUCUUUUUUAAUUGGUCAAAUAAUUGUUUUUAUUCCUAUUGAUUGGUAUUGGACCUCAAAAUAGUUUGAAAAGGAUUUUUAGCAAGAUAUAAUAAUCAAUUUCAUACAGCGCUAAAGAUGCUGACGAAGUACAAAGAAGUACAAACGUACAAAAAAAGUACCAAAUUCAUACUAUAUAAGAAAAUAAAGAAAAAAUAGGUUGAGGAAAUAAAUAUUAUAAUUAUAUUAACUCAAAAUAUUAUGAGAAGAAAUUUUAAAGUGGAAAAAGCAGAAUAAAGUCAAAAUAUGAAGUCCAUCCAUCCUCUACGAGGCGGGUCGUGGGGAGAUGCUGGAGCCUAUGGAAGUGGCCUUUGCAUCCUGUCACCUUUUACUAUGGCUGGAAAAGGUGUGUACCCCCCCCCCCGGUAACCAUCAUCAUCAUCAAUGGGAAUUUGGUUUGCAAUACCACUUCCUGUUUGCAAUCUCAAUUCCGCUUCAUGUCAUUUGGGAGACAUUCACUUCAGUUGGGAAUCGUGCACGCGCCCGCCCUGUUGUAAAGUCACCCACAUCACCCCCAUCUUCCGUGUGCGUGGAACAGGAAGUGAAGGAUGGCGUGUAGAUCCUCGGCUGCUUGUGGUCCAAGUGCUUGCAUGCUUGUUCGCUGUGAGUGUUUAUCGUGCUGUAGCGCCAAGCGGAGGAGGAACCUUGCGUAAAUAUUGGGAAUGUCACAAUGAGCAAUGUGUGCUUUUCCAUGUCUGAGAAUGCUCCGUGUUCCUUGUCGUCUGUGGAAAUAUUCAAACGCUGUCUUUGUGUGACGUUACGUGACUUUUUUGUAAACUUGCAAAUAA